GGCCGGGCCCCGCCUCUCCCCAGCUCCUUUUUUUUAGUGUUGGCCUUUUCGAAGACCAGGAAGUUGCUAAAUCCUGAGACCGGCUGCUGAGAGACGGUGGCUCGGGUGGGACAGCCGCCAGGGAUGGCGGAACGUGAGGAUGGAGCGGGUGUCUGGGCUGUUUUCCUGGACGCUGAAGAGAGUCCUGUGGCUCUCAGGCUUCUCUGAGAGCGGAGCUGCCCGGCAGCCCCGGAUCAUGGAAGAGAAAGCGUUAGAGGUUUAUGAUUUGAUUCGAACUAUCCGGGACCCAGAAAAGCCCAAUACUUUGGAAGAACUGGAAGUGGUGACGGAAAGCUGCGUGGAGGUUCAGGAGAUCAAUGAAGACGACUACCUGGUUGUCAUCAGGUUCACACCGACAGUACCUCAUUGCUCUUUGGCAACUCUUAUUGGGCUAUGCCUAAGAGUAAAACUUCAGAGAUGUUUGCCAUUUAAACAUAAGUUGGAGAUCUACAUUUCUGAAGGAACUCACUCAACAGAAGAAGACAUCAACAAGCAGAUCAAUGACAAAGAGCGGGUGGCUGCUGCAAUGGAGAACCCCAACCUACGGGAAAUAGUGGAACAGUGUGUCCUGGAGCCUGACUAAUUGCUCUCUUAAAGGCCACCAAAUCGUAAUUAUUUGCUAUAUUUGUUUAAACUCUUUGUAAAAUAGAAAAGACUCAUGUUUAAUACAAAGGUGAUUUGUACCUCAAAAUCUUUUUUAAAAGAUUAUUUCCAAGUAACAUUUAAUUACAAGGUAGGACUUGAUUUGCUCAGCGGAUAACAUUCUCAGGAUUUGUAACACUUAAUGUGAUCAGACAGAAAAAUAUUUUCUAGCUCUUAUGUGUAACAUGAGUUGCUAUUUUUCUGGUGCCCGUUCUGAUACAGCUACUUUUCAUGUCAAAUAUCUACCGUGCCCAAAUGUAUCCUAUUUAAAUCAUUGGUCUAUAAAAUAAAUUUU